CUGAAUGACAACAGCUGUCCUGGGGGCAAAGCCCUAGAUAACAGGAGCGCUUUGAGUUAUUGUUUUGAUUUGCUUUUAAAAUAAAAACAGUAGGGCGUUGGGGAAGCUUAUGACACUUUGUGCCCAGUGCUUUCUUAGCCAUCAUAAAAGUAUAAGUUCCUAAGCCCCCAAUUAUCUGAGCGAUUAGAAUCAUUAAGGGGUAAUUACAAAUUAAUUAUUAGCAGUGACUUUUGUUGUGAACUGUAUAAAUAAAUUUAGUGCAUGGCUAUAUUCUGGAGGGGAAAUUGCUUCGUACGUCUUUUCUGCACAAACCUCAGCUACUACUGUGUGAUAUUGAUUAAAGCGGUAUCUGUCUAUGCCCAUUGCAACACACAGAUAACUUUUCCUACACCUCGUAGUUGGCUUUGAGAAGAGGAGGAAGGAAUUAACAUUUUCAAAGGACAGCAGAUGACAAAAAUAAAUUGUAAGCACUUUUUAAGGAAAGGAAUCCUUUUGUUUCAAUAAACAGAUUUUCCCAAAGUUAUGUUAAACGAGCUCAUCUUCAAAAAGUGAAAUAAUAAACAUUUGCCAAAUGAAUGCAUUUCUCACUUGCUGACAACUUCAUAGGACUUGACUGGACCUUGAAAUUAAAAACGAGAUUCUCACACUUUUGAAUUACCAUUUAAAAUGUUUGUCAUUCAAAAUCACUAUAUGAAUGGCGAAUGACUCAUGGGCUUCUGUUUCUUGGAAGGAGUUUUUGAACAUUUAAGCAUAGCAUUUGCAGGAAUUCAAUAAAUUCAGAGCUGUCACUGAACGUAGACAAGCGUUUUUAUGUUUCAUUUCUUAAAAUGACAAGGGGUGCAAAAAAGUCGCUAGUUAGGCACAGAGUGUAGUUUUCGAGGCUGGGGAUUGUUUUCUUAAUGUGUCUUUCAGAGUAGGUUUUAUUUUAGGCGUGGGCAAGUCUUUUUGCCCACCGUUUGGGAUUUGAAGACAUGUGUACACAAAUAGUCAUGCUUUUUUGCAUUAUCAAAUAUUUGAUAUUUGACUUUCUCGCUGCUUGAGUUCUCCUAAGGCCCAAAGUGUUCAGUGAGUGAGCACAGAGCCAUGGAUUUUCAAUGCUGAAAAUUCUUCGCGGUGACAGACAGAGAAGCCUAAUUGAGCCACUGUUCAGUUUUAGAAUGCCAAAGAGAAGUCAGCUGCUCUGGGAGUUUGGUAGACAUUAAAAAUGAUUUUCUCAAAAGAAAAUUUCCUCUUGAAUGUGAAAAUUUGUGAGAGUACCUUGGCGCGGGGGAGGGGAGAACGCAUCGAGAAUAAAACCCCUUCUUCCAGUUAAUCAGAUCUCAGAAGUAUUACAUUCAACAUCUUAAAUGCUAAUUUUGAAAACAAUCCUUUAAGCCUAUAGGUUGAAUGAAUGUCCUUUAAAUACUGGUUUUUGUUUUCACAAGGAUUCUAUUUUGUCAUUUUUCUUUAAAUGAGAUACUUAAAAAAUGAUACAAUGUAUUACAUUAAAAAUCCAGAAUAGUAUUCAAGCAUUCAUUUUAUAGAAUUUUUGCUAAAGUACAUUAAGUGUUAACAUUUAAAAGACGUCUACCUCUUCCUGGAAGGUCACUUCAAUUUUAGGUUUAGGUUUUUAUUACAUCAUUGACACCAUUGUUGGAAUUAUUGAUCGAGGAACAUUUAGGCAAGAAUAUAUUCUGAUUUAAAAGCAGGUUUAUGCCUAAGGCACAUUUUUCCCCCCCAUAAGAUACAUUUUGAUUAGAAAAUUGCCAUUGUCUUUCAAAUUUGGAGUCCUCAGGUUGAUCUGUGGUUGGGCAAAACUAGUUUGCCUGCCAACUCUAUUUAUUUAGAUCAGUUCAGUACUUUCACUUUGAAAAUUUCUUUUUAGUUUGAAAAAAAUUUUUUUAAAUUAUAGUCAUUUUAUAAAAAUUGCUUCUAGCAAGCAAAAAAAGCCAAUGGAAAACCCAUAAUUUAGACAAGUGCCUACAUUUUAUUUGCUCUCUGCUGCUGAGAUUUAGAAUCCCUUUCCAUUUACAGUUUACUUUUCACAGAACAUUAUUAACUUUUUGGCUUCAUACAUGAUCUUCUGUCAGAUGCUUUUGAUUUGUAAUUUAGCAAAGUAUAAUAAACAGUGCAAAAGUCAUGAAUUUUGCUCUGUGUCCUGAGCUCUGUGGUAGGGAAAAUGUGAUAAAAUGUGUACCUUAAGUCUUGUUUGAUGAUCUCUCAAAGCAAGCUUGCCUUCUGGAAAUAAUUUCUGGGGUUGAAGAGUAUGGUAUUAACAGAUUUAAUGUGGCUAUUCAAUGGAUUGGUGAAGUACUAUGGGAGGUUUAACAAAAUGAGAGAGACAAAUUGAACAUCAACAAAAGUUACAUCUGUGAAGAAUUAGAAAUUUAAUUAGAAAAAAGGCAAACUUAAAAGACCUCAUUAACUAAUCAGAAGUCAAAGUUACUAGCUGAGGAGGCUUGAAUUUAAAUUCUAAGAAGUCCUGCUAUCUUUUUUUUUUUUUUCCUCUGUAUUUUCACAACUCUGUCAGCAUGCUACCCUGGGUAUUCUAGACAAAGAGUUUUAAAAAGCAUUAAAGUAAAAUGACUUCAUUGUAAUACAAGAUGACCAUUUAUAAUGUGACGGGAAAUAUUUUUUGCACUCCUAGGAGCAUUUGAAUUAAAAGUACCAGAUUAGGAGAAGACAAGGAACAUAUUAGGUUUAUGGAUGAAAAGCAGAAAAUACGAGCUUACUGAAUGCCUAACAGCAUUUUUCUAAAAACCAUGAAAUAAUUUUUUUCCCUUUUGAAUGGAAAUGGGCCUAAUUAAUGAUUUUUAAGCACAUUAUGUUUUUAAACCCCAGACUCUUCCAGAGACCUUGUCAAACAUGAGAGAAAAUCAGCGCCAAUCAGAAAUAGGUGUUCUUUUUAGAUAAGUCAUUACAAGAGUAUGUUUCCUUACUGCACUGUAAUCGUGUACUACACAUAAAAAACUAAAAGCAUGUGAAGUGUAGCAUUUUGUAAACUGUAACUAAUUUUGCUCACAUCUGUGUCUAAUUGUUGUCUGCAUUCGCAUUCUUGAGAGUAGAUUUAUUUUUCCUGGACGACGAUGUGGAUUCAGCUGACCAGCCUAAGUGAGGAUUAGUUGUUUUAAAGUUAUUUUGAUUAAAGAGUCAUUUUUAAAAACAGUAACACACAACACAUGGUUUAAAUAAUCCUUGAGACACAAAAGAAUAUAUCUGAAGUAUACUUAAUGAAAUGAAGAUCAUGGAUACGGAAUCAAAAAUUGCAGUGUACCAAGCACGGUAGAGACGGAGUCGAGCUAGCAUUAAAAAAAAGUAUGUUGCUAUGAAAAUGCUUUUUUUUUCGCCCUCAGGGAGAAAACGUGUUAGAAUAAUUCUUAUUUUGAAGUGCAGUUUUUAUUAACUGAUUGAAAUGUAAAUGAUAGGUUAAACCUCAAAUAUAAAUAUGAUCAAACUUUCAAAGGAUACAAUGAAACUAAGAUUGUAUUGCUAAGGCUAUACUAUCUAGCUGAUGUUAAAAUAGGAAUAUAUUUUAGUAUUUAAGAGAAAGUAUGUUUUACAUACUUGUUCACAUAAUUAAGCCGAGAGAGUGCUUAAAACUAAGUUAGUUCUCACCUAUAAUUUAUUCCAGGUGUACAAAAGUGGAAAAAAAAGCACAUUUAUCCUUGAAGUUUAUUGCUGCAGUUUCUAAAGGAAAACACUGAAUCUUAUGUGAGAAUGUUAAUUUUAACAAAAAUUGCAGAAGGCCGUUAUCACAAAAUGACCUGUCUGCAGGCAUUAAAAUUAAAAUUUCAUUGAAUACUCAGGCAUCUCUUAAAAAUUACUUCAUCCUGUACAUAUUGUAACAAUGUAUACCUAGAAAUUUCAUGUAACAUUAUACCAAGAUAUUUGUACUUUAACGAUGCUUUAUUCUUGCCAAAAAGGUAGUACUUCUUAAUUUCAUAAAUCAUAAUUAAAAAAUAACAGGACUCAAUAGAAGAUAUUUAGUUGGAUAACUUUAAUGCCAUUUGAGAUGCUUCAGUUUUCAUCUUUGUUCUGUAGCCCUAAUUGAUGUCAGUUCAGGUUGAAUGAAAAUACACAUCAAAGAUUUGGAAUUCUGAAUCAUUUUAAACGUUAUGCAGAAUGUUCAUUUCCUGAGACAGGCGUUGGGCUGAGCCUGAGAGCCAGCAGCCCACCCUCACCUGGGCUUAUCACCUGCUGGAGUUUGUGCUGCCUCUGGAGGAAGGGCAAUGUCUAGCAGAGGCUGCAAGUUAAGUUAGUUGGGCAGUGAAAUCUCAAAUACAGAUUCACCCGGAGACAAAAGAGACUAAAACUCUGGCAAACUGAGACUCUGCCUUGAUGAUUAAAUGAUCCAUUCUCUCUCCUGGUUUGAAAGAUGGAAAAUUAAACAAAAAGCAAGCUGCUUUUUCUAUUUCACCAGGCAGUGAUGGAUUUCACUGAAUUUAAAAAGUCACUGGAUUUUCAAUUUGCCUGGAUCAGUGGGCACCUUGCUCCAGGAUGGGGCUUUGGGGAUCAGAACCUGCCUUUACCAUUUCUCUUGUAGUCCGGCAUCGCCUGAAAGUUGCCCAGAAGCUGUUUUAGUGAAUGCUCCAUGACAAAUCGUAAAUAGAGGAGAAAAGCAUCACGAUAAGGAGAACUGUCAGGAGUCCCAGGCGUGGGCAGGAACUCUGUUUCAGCUGGUGAUAGCAGAAGAUGAAAGAUCUUGGGAGGAUGGUGGAGGGUUAAUGCUUGAACUACCGCUGUGAAACACACUCAUUUUGCUAAUAGCUAUUUUUUUUUUUUUUUCCAAGCACCUAUUCCGAGCUGCCUGGGUGCAAACAUCUCAAACCAGUUCAGAUGUUGCUGUUUCCUCGAGGUGCAGGUCUAUGGAAAUGCAGGAUCUAACCAGCCCGCAUAGCCAUCUGAGUGGUAGUCGUGACUCCCCCAAACUCGAUAACUCUCAUAUAAAUAGUAAUUCCAUGACUCCCAAUGGCACGGAAGUUAAAACAGAGCCAAUGAGCAGCAGUGAAAUAGUUUCAACAACAGCAGACGGGUCUUUAGACAAUUUCUCAGGUUCAGCCAUUGGGAGCAGUAGCUUCAGCCCAAGACCAAGUCACCAAUUCUCCCCACCACAGAUUUAUCCUUCCAACAGACCAUACCCACAUAUUCUCCCUACCCCUUCCUCACAAACUAUGGCUGCAUAUGGGCAAACACAGUUUACCACAGGAAUGCAACAAGCUACAGCAUAUGCCACAUACCCACAGCCGGGACAGCCCUAUGGAAUUUCCUCCUACGGUGCAUUGUGGGCAGGCAUCAAGACUGAAGGUGGAUUGUCACAGUCUCAGUCACCUGGACAGACAGGAUUUCUCAGCUAUGGCACAAGCUUUGGUACCCCUCAACCUGGACAGGCACCAUACAGCUACCAGAUGCAAGGUAGCAGUUUUACAACAUCAUCAGGAUUAUACACAGGAAAUAAUUCACUCACAAAUUCCUCUGGAUUUAACAGUUCACAGCAGGACUAUCCAUCUUAUCCCAGCUUCGGCCAGGGUCAGUACGCACAGUAUUAUAACAGCUCUCCAUAUCCAGCACAUUAUAUGACAGGCAGCAACACCAGCCCUACGACGCCGUCCACAAACGCCACUUACCAGCUUCAGGAACCACCAUCUGGCAUCACCAGUCAAGCAGUUACCGAUCCCGCAGCAGAGUACAGUACAAUCCACAGCCCAUCGACACCUAUUAAAGAUUCAGAUUCUGAUCGAUUGCGUCGAGCUUCAGAUGGGAAGUCACGUGGACGGGGCCGAAGAAACAAUAAUCCUUCUCCUCCCCCAGAUUCUGAUCUUGAGAGGGUGUUCAUCUGGGACUUAGAUGAGACAAUCAUCGUUUUCCAUUCCUUGCUGACUGGGUCCUAUGCCAACAGAUACGGGAGGGACCCACCUACUUCAGUUUCCCUCGGACUACGAAUGGAAGAAAUGAUUUUCAACUUGGCAGACACACAUCUAUUUUUUAAUGACCUAGAAGAAUGUGACCAAGUUCAUAUAGAUGAUGUCUCUUCGGAUGACAAUGGACAAGACCUAAGCACAUAUAACUUUGGAACAGAUGGCUUUCCUGCUGCAGCAACCAGCGCUAAUUUAUGCUUGGCAACUGGUGUGCGGGGCGGUGUAGACUGGAUGAGAAAGUUGGCCUUCCGCUACAGACGAGUAAAAGAGAUCUACAAUACCUACAAAAAUAAUGUUGGAGGGUUGCUUGGUCCGGCCAAGAGGGAAGCCUGGUUGCAGCUGAGGGCUGAGAUUGAAGCCCUCACCGACUCGUGGUUGACACUGGCCCUGAAAGCACUCACGCUCAUCCACUCCCGGACAAACUGUGUUAAUAUUUUAGUAACAACUACUCAGCUGAUCCCAGCAUUGGCAAAAGUCCUGCUUUAUGGAUUAGGAAUUGUAUUUCCAAUAGAAAAUAUUUACAGUGCAACUAAAAUAGGAAAGGAAAGCUGUUUCGAAAGGAUAAUUCAAAGGUUUGGGAGAAAAGUGGUGUAUGUUGUCAUAGGAGAUGGUGUGGAAGAGGAGCAAGGAGCAAAGAAGCACGCCAUGCCCUUCUGGAGGGUCUCCAGUCAUUCGGACCUCAUGGCCCUACAUCACGCCUUGGAACUGGAGUACCUGUAAUAGCCACAGAGCACUUUGAAGCCACACCACCGCCCCGUAACCAGGAACAAAUCCAGCAGGCUUGAGUCCUGCGUUGGCACCGGACUCCAGACUGACCAUUUCAACCUACCGAUGCCCAGCCGCCCGCCGUGGGUCGGCACCGCCACCCUUGCGGUACAGGGAGGACGACCUCCCUUUCUUCAAAACGGCUGUUGACUCUAGUACUGUGAAUCCGAUGAAAACAAGCCAUGAGAAUGUUCUAGCACCGUGGUGAGGUGUCUUGGCCACAUGAACUACAUGGUUCAAACCUGUGAAGAAAGGACCUGCAGACGCUGACGUUUUUAGCAUCUUCAAUGUGACAUGAACAGCUUCUCCAAUGCAGCAAACUUGAUUGCACAACAAAGACUAAAAUGGGUUUCCUGAAUACCAGUGGGGGGGAGUUUUCUUGGAAAAGGUUUACUUUUUUGGUGUCUCAUACCCAGGGUGAUCUCUACAUCUCUACUUAUUUAUGAACAGACUUUUUAAAAAAAUAAAACAGCUUUAUCGAGGUAUACUUCAAGGACCCUGCCGUUCACUCGAACAGACGACUUUGACAUCAAAUAACUGAAGAGGUAAUAGCGUGAGAGAGAAGCGAUGGAAGGCCUUGGCCUCACGACAUAGCAAGGACUUUGAAUUUUAGCACAUUGCAAAGUAGUUUAAAAUAUGUCUAAUUUAAGCGUAUAAUAUGUACAUCACUGAGACAAUCAUGUACAGAAAGAAUUUUUGGUGUAAAUUUGUAAUAAUGGAUGAUUCUUUUACAUAUUGUUUAGGAAAAUGAUAUUGAAAGGUAGCAAUGCCUUGAUAGUGCAGAGUGAGGCAGUACGUAACAAAAGACGUGCAGUGCCUUAUCGAAGUACUGGGUAUAAAUAUGUAGAUAAUGGAUUUCUUUUUUUUUUUUUUUUUUUUUUUUUUUUAGAUAAUGUUGUCAAGACCAAAAGCAUGGAUGUCAAGUGUCUAUAGGAUUUUGUUUUCCAAUCCCCCCCUUUUCCUUUUUGUUUAAUGCUGUUAGGAGGACCUCUGUAAAAUUACACAGCAGUGUCUUAAAUAAUUUGGGGGGGGAAACAGUCCUCUUGCAACCUCACUUUUUUGUUUUCAAUACUAAUGUAUUAUAUGUAACUACUUGGAAAAAAGUGAUUAUUCAAGUGCUUCUUCCCACACAAAGAAUGUAGAUGAUAGAUAUAUUUUAUUAAUGAAACGGUUCAUGAAUUGGACACUUAACUAGCCAAGUUCUUAUGUGCUCAGAAGACAAUGUCUGCAUUUUCUUUUUAAGGAAGGACGUUACCACAUAUCUGGAAAUCAGCAAAACUGUAUUACUUCCUACAUUCACGUUCUCUUAUUUUUAUCCACACUCUUCUCCCAGUCCCCUUUCCCCCACCCCACCCUCCCAGGAAAGUUCAUUGUCACCAGUGGACAUGGCCCCAUCAGCAUCACCCAGGAGAUAAUGCGACUUUUCACCCUCAUUAUGAAUUACACAGACAAGCAUAAAUCUGGGAAAUAAAAACCCUUCACUUUGUAAUACCCUAAGAAAGUUUCUCCAGAAGUGAUCAGUUAGCUAGGCACUUAGUUCUUCUCAUCUAAAGCCUUCCAUUGUCAUGAAAUUACUUUUUGGAACAAUUUUCUUGACUAUUUUAUUGGGGGGGGGGGGGACACAAGCUUUGACCCAAAGUAGCUAAAGAACUAUUCUGUCUUUUUUCUGAAGCCUCAUGUUGCUGCUAGAAUUAGUCAGUUGUGAAUCCUCCAAAUUGUUUAAUCAUUGAAUUCAGUUUUUUUUCUCUUUUGUUUGAAGCAAACAGAAAUUGACAGGUUUUUUUUAGCCUUUCCAUUUUACGUUUUUGUACUCUGCAGGUGGAAAAGACAAAAGUUUAUCUUGACCUUACUGUCUAAAGGUGUGUCGUGUCCACAACUGUGUACAGAAUUUUUCUUCAUUAAAUUUGUGUUUAAAUUAAUAAAACUGACUUGUGAAGUACAA